AUUUAUGUUUCAUUCUCAGCGUUAUAAGGAUAUGGCAGAAGAGAUUUUGAAAUAAAUUAUGAGCUUAUUUAACUAAGUUUAAUCUUUUUUUAUAAGUUCAGCUGCCAAUAUUUGAAAUUGAUGAACAUUUAAAAAAUACGUCAUGUUAGUUUGGAAACUCCACCAAGCGCCCUUCGUCGAAACAAAAUAAAUGAAGUCACAGCCACGAGUCGCCACUAUGUUGACCGGCUUUUCGACCCCGACCCACAGAAUGUGCUGCAAGGAGUCAUUGACAUGAAGAAUGCUGUCAUCGGAAACAACAAACAAAAAGCUAACUUGAUUGUUUUGGGAGCUGUGCCGAGACUGCUUUAUCUUCUCCAGCAGAGUUCAUCCAGUCUAGAGUUAAGGACUGAAUGUGCGGUGGUGUUGGGAAGUCUGGCAAUGGGCACAGAGAACAACAUCAAGUCCCUGGUGGACUGUCACAUCAUCCCGGCCCUGCUACAAGGUCUUUUGUGUUCUGAGCUGAUCUUCAUUGAAGCAUGUCUGCGCUGUUUAAGAACUGUUUUCAUCAGUCCAGUAACACCAGUGCAGCUGUUAUACACAGACCUCACUGUGAUCCCCCACCUCAUGUCUCUGCUAAGCCGAUCACAGCACACGCAGGAAUACAUCACGCAAAUCUUCGCUCACUGCUGCAAGACUCCAGAACAUCAGACAGUUUUGUUCAACCACGCUGCCAUCCAGAACAUUGCUCCUCUGCUCAUCUCUCCAUCCUAUAAGGUGCGUAUGCAGGCGUUAAAGUGUUUCUCAGUCUUGGCCUAUGAGAACACUCAGGUGUCCAUGACACUGGUGAAUGUGCUAGUAGAUGGAGAGCAGCUCUCUCAGGUUUUUGUCAGAAUGAUGCAAAGGGACAAACCCAUAGAAAUGCAACUUACAGCUGGCAAAUGUUUAACAUACAUGUGUCGAGCAGGAGCCAUCAGGACAGAUGACAACUGUAUUGUACUAAAGACUCUGCCGUGUCUGGUGCGGAUGUGCAGUAAAGAACGGUUACUAGAGGAGCGUGUUGAAGGGGCGGAGACGCUGGCCUACCUGAUGGAGCCGGACAUAGAACUGCAGCGGAUCGCCAGUGUCACUGACCAUCUCGUUUCCAUGCUGGCCGAUUACUUCAAAUACCCCAGCUCUGUCAGUGCCAUCAAUGACUUUAAAAGGUUGGAUCAUGACCUGAAACAUGCACAUGAGCUCAGACAGGCAGCGUUCAAACUCUACGCCUCGCUGGGGUCCAACGACGAGGACAUUAGGAAAAAGAUCACAGAGACGGAGAACAUGAUGGACAGAAUUGUUAGCGGCCUAUCAGAAUCCAGUAUCAAAGUACGGUUAGCAGCAGUCAGAUGCUUGCACAGUUUAUCGCGAUCUGUACAACAGCUAAGAACAAGUUUCCAUGAUCACGCAGUAUGGAAGCCGCUAAUGAAGUUAUUACAGAAUGCACCAGAUGAGGUGCUGGUGAUGGCCUCUUCAACACUAUGCAACUUACUUCUGGAGUUUUCCCCCAGCAAAGAGCCUAUCUUAGAGUCUGGUGUCAUUGAGUUACUAUGCAGCCUCACACAAAGUGACAGUCCAGCCCUGAGGGUCAAUGGCAUCUGGGCUCUCAUGAACAUGGCGUUCCAGGCAGAUCAGAAGGUGAAGGUGGAGAUUGUUCGAGCACUGGGCACAGAACAGCUGUUUAGACUAUUGUCUGACCCUGAUACCAAUGUGCUCAUGAAGACACUGGGGCUGCUUCGAAACCUGCUCUCUACCAGACCACAUAUAGACCAGAUCAUGAGCUCACAUGGAAAGCAGAUAAUGCAAGCGGUCACUCUUAUCCUGGAGGGAGAACACAGCAUAGAGGUCAAAGAGCAGACUCUGUGCAUAUUGGCCAACAUCGCCGAUGGAAACACUGCCAAGGAACUCAUUAUGACUAAUGAUGAUAUGCUCCAAAAAAUCAAAUAUUAUAUGGGUCACUCAAAUGUGAAGCUGCAGUUGGCCGCCACCUUCUGCAUCUCCAACCUCAUCUGGAAUGAGGAAGAUGGCUCACAAGAGAGACAAGACAAACUGAGGGAGAUGGGCUUUGUUGAUAUCUUACACAAACUCAGCCAGGUAUCAGAUCCCAACCUCUGUGACAGGGCAAAAACAGCAAUGCAGCAGUACUUAGCAUGACCUCGGACAACGGUGUGACGUGCCCUAACAACUCCAGGAGCAUCUCCUGUGCUUUUGUUUUAGAUUUGCAUUUAUUUUUUGCUCUUCCCAUUUUGUUUCGUUGCACAAGACACCUUUUGUUGUGGAGACUCCCGAAACAACUCAAAUCAGAGACUCUGUUGCCAGGGGCCACAGCACCGUUUGGGCUUUCAGAUACGUUGGGUUAAUGUUUUCUGCUGAACUCUUGGGACUAUUUUUGUUUGUUUGUUUUGGACUUAAUGUGAAGGAAAACGUCCUCAAAGCGUGUUGGAGCGCCACCAGGUGGUUUGGAGACUUGGACACUUUGGACUCCCUUAGGAGAAAGCUGACUGACCUCUCAGUGCUAAGCUUAUAGGAGCCCAGUCUCCUUAUUUUGGUUUGCUGAUUUACUAUUGAUUAUAUUAUUAUAACAAUUAUUGUUAUUAUUAUUUUAAUUUAGACUUUGACACAAGGAGAGGUUAGAAACAAGACUGUUUUUUUUUUGUGGAUACAUACCUCGUAAAUAUAUAUAUAUAUAUAUAUAUAUAUAUAUAAAUAUGAAUAUAUAAAUAUAUUUUUUGGAUUUUUAAUUUACCCUUUCAGGUUGUUUUUCCCCUUUGUAUUUUCCUCUCUGUAAUAUAGGCUAAUUUGGGUAUAUGUGGAGAGGAAGCAUGCUGGGUAAUAUACCCACACAAAGCAUUUAAUAGAAACCAUUCAAACGAUUCGAAAGUUUGUUUGCUUUACCACUGGAUAAUAUUUUUUACUCCCUCCCUUUACAAAAAAUUGUCUCCCCACAAAACCUCAUCAUAACACCAUCUUUAUGAAGCUCAAUAGUGAAUGUUUCCACUCAAAUAUACGCAGGCCUCUGCCAUGGAGCAGCCUAUUGGUUUGUGUCUUUUGUUUUUUACUGGGAUGGGAAGGGUUAUUUAAUUUAAAUCAAAGAGAUUGGCCUAGUGGGUACUUCUAAAAUCUUGUGGGAGUGACAGAAAACUCCAUGCAUGUGCAUAACAUUUCAACUUGAGUUUACCCACUUCGAUGGUCUUCAUGAAAAUCACUACACAUUGAAUACACUUGAAAAUCAGCAUUUUGAACAAUUAUUUCAUUGAGAGGUUUAAAGAAAGAACUAAAAGAAGCACAGAAGUCUGUAUUCCUAUAAAACAUCACCUUUCGUUUUAUUAUUCUGGCAAGAGUCUCUUGUAAAGCUUGUUACAGUUAAUAAAAUACAUUUGGACCCCUGUAAGCCCUGGGUCGUGCAACCCCCCCACCCCCCAAUCCCUCCUGCCAUAUAUGCAGGCACAUUCCUCAUGCAAAUGAAUUGGACAUGCAGGAAACCCCCAGACCCCAAAGUCCAUAAAAUUUCCUACUAUCCACAUUCAGACUCCCUGACCUACAUAAAGAAAAUGGAGACCAAAUUCUGUUUUGAGAAGCAAUGUGCCCUUUUCCAGUUUAAGCAAGCACAUGUUAGUUAGGACGGACAGAUGGUGUGCCUACACCACGAGUUUGGAUGGACCUCAGCAAAUUGAUGAAACGAUAUGAUGUCAUUCCGGUUCUCAGUAAUAUGCCAACUAUUGAAACUAGUGGGAGAUAAUGCUGGCGUCUUAGUUGCUGGUCAUCGGAUAUCAGAGAUGCUGAUGUGACCGUGAUUAUACUGUAAUCCGUAUUCACAUGGGUGGCGAGAAAAAUGAAUGGGCACCAGCUGCAAGAAACAUCUGUGAGGUUCUUCAUGGGAGUCUGCUCUUAGGAUAGCAAAUAAAUAAAUGCAUAUUUAAUUAAAUAAACAGUGAAAUAAAAGUGCAGUGCUCUCAAUUGUGACACGACCAACCGCUUUUGAUAAGUGACGUGAAUGCUGAAGAAUGGGGAGGGCUAUAGGAUUUCUUGUUUUGUGAGAAGGCACGCUGGCAGGAUGGCUAAAGCUGUGUUCAUUUAAUUCUAUUUAUGCAGACGUCACAUUUGCAGACAUGCCAAGCUCUCUGGACCGUCUAUGUUCUGCACAAUAUAUGGCAUAUCAACCCCUAACACAGUCCCAACUGACCAUAAACUGGCACUCCCUCCCUAAUGUUCAGAUUAACUCGAUUCACUGUUCCGGAUGUUACAAUGACUUUGUUUGACCUUGCGGUCGUCUUAAAAUCUAGUUUGUUGCCUUGAGUAUGCCUUAUAUUUUAUGUAAAGAGGGGCAACCUGGGAAAUAAAAUUUGAUUUAUGAGGCUGCUACAUGCUGGAGUGCUUGGCAUGUCAUUUAGGGUAAAAAAUGAACUCUCACCAAGUGGCAAAUGUGUGUAAAUAUUCGCAUUGGCAAGUGAAUAAAAUUAGGCUACAGGACAGAUGGCCGUUAAUUUGUUUUAAGCAAUUUCAACUUUUUUGUAAAGCAAUUGAUAGUUUGGCCAUUUGUGACUUCUUUCUAUAUUACUUUCAGACUUGCU